AUGUUCGCCAAACAAGCUCUGCUUGUGUUCGUCGGGGCCCUGGCCCUGGUCGCGGGCAAGACUACCACUGAAAAGAACCCAACCCAGUCUGAGAUCGAUGCGGCUCGCGCUACUGUUCUGCCUUACUCUCCCGUGUCAAACGUAAAGGGGUUGGCUUUUGAUCGCUUCGUGAAUAUCUGGCUCGAGAACACAGACUUCAAAACCGCUGCUUUGGAUGCGAACCUGUCCAAGCUAGCUAAGGAGGGUAUUCUCCUAACCAACUACUAUGCAGUCACUCACCCCUCGGAACCUAACUACUGUGCCUCCGCCGGAGGCGAUACCUUUGGUAUGGACAAUGACGACUACAUACAGAUCCCAGCCAAUGUCUCAACCAUUGCCGAUUUGUUUGACACCAAACACAUCGCUUGGGGUGAGUACCAAGAGGACAUGCCGCAUGCCGGCUACCAGGGUAUGCGGUACCCCCUCCGCGGUCCGAAUCAGUAUGUGCGCAGGCACAACCCUCUAGCUCUGUAUGACUCGGUUACCAAAGACGCCGUGCGCCCGCGUCAGAUCAAAAACUUUACCACUUUCUACGAGGACCUGGCACACCGCAGCCUUCCCCAACAUAUGUUUAUCACACCGAAUAUGACCAACGACGCUCAUGACACCAACAUCACUGUGGCCGGUGACUGGGUCGCUCGUUUCCUCCCUCCCCUGCUGAAGAAUCAGCACUUCACUAAUAACAGUCUGGUAUUGGUCACCUUUGAUGAGGGGGGCAACUACUCCUACCCCAACCGCGUCUUCACCUUCCUGGUUGGCGGUGCUAUCCCGAAGCACCUGAAGGGCACCACGGACGACACUUUCUACACACACUAUUCAAUCAUUGCAUCGCUGUCCGCUAACUGGGGUCUGCCCUCUCUUGGCCGCUGGGACUGUGGCGCCAACCUGCUGAAGUUAAUCGCCGACAAGACCGGCUAUGUCAACUGGAAAGUUGAUACCAGCAAAGCCUAUAUCAACCAGACUUAUCCUGGCCCUCUAUCCAAAAAGCACUAUUCCUCUAAGUGGGCCAUCCCUGCCACUAAGGGCAAGUGCUCUGCUGGCCAUGGUAUUGCCGAGGUUGUGAAAAAGACUUACCAUGGUCUUCACCCUACCUACAACUACACCAGCCCUGUGCCGUAUGACGCAACGACUGGAAACAACGUCGGCAUCAAGUACCACCGAACUCUGAAGCAUGGUAAGGAGGAGUCUGGUAUCACCGGCUGA